AUGGCAAUCACCAAGUUUCUUUUGCUUUCUCUGUCUUUAUCUUUGGUUUUAGGUGUGUCUUGGAGCUUUGAUUUCCAUGAAAAGGAGCUGGAAACAGACGAUAGCUUGUGGGAGAUGUACGAGCGGUGGAGGAGCCACCACAAGGUGGCGGCAAGCCACCAAGAGAAGCAGAGACGGUUCAAUGUGUUCAAGUCCAAUGCACUACAUGUGCAUGAAACCAACAAGAUGAACAAGCCUUAUAAGUUGAAGCUUAACAAGUUUGCUGACAUGACUAGCCACGAGUUCAGGAUCACGUUCGCGGGAUCCAAGAUCAAGCAUCAUAGAAUGCUUCAAGGGGACCGAAUUGGCAACAAGACUUUCAUGUAUGCAAAUGUCGAUACUGUCCCUACUUCCGUUGACUGGAGAAAGAAAGGGGCCGUUACCCCUGUCAAGGAUCAAGGCCAAUGCGGGAGUUGUUGGGCAUUUUCAACUGUGGUGGCAAUAGAAGGAAUAAACCAGAUCAAAACCAAGGAGCUAGUGUCAUUAUCAGAGCAAGAACUUAUCGAUUGCGACAACAGAGAAAACCAAGGAUGCAACGGAGGCCUAAUGGAUUUGGCGUUCGAUUUCAUCAAGAAGGUAGGAGGUCUAACUAAGGAAGACAGCUACCCUUACACAGCUGCAAACGGGCGAUGUGAUUCUAACAAGGCAAAUGCUCCGGUGGUAUCAAUUGAUGGACAUGAGGAUGUACCUAAAAAUGACGAGAAAGCACUAAUGAAAGCAGUAGCACACCAGCCUGUUUCUGUUGCCAUUGAUGCUGGAGAUCCUGAUUUUCAGUUCUAUUCGGAGGGGGUUUUUACCGGAAAAUGUGGAACGGAGUUGGAUCAUGGGGUAGCAGCUGUCGGAUAUGGUGUAACUCUAGAUGGAACCAAAUAUUGGAUCGUGAAGAAUUCAUGGGGAGCCGAAUGGGGAGAGAAGGGAUACAUUAGGAUGCAAAGAGGAAUAUCUGAUAAGAGAGGACUCUGUGGCAUAGCAAUGGAAGCUUCUUAUCCUAUCAAGAAUUCUGCUCUCAACCCCAAACCAUCUCCUACAUCAUCUCCAAGAGAUGAACUCUAAAUUAGAAAGUUCCCCACACACACACACAUAAAUAGAAAAUACUUAGUGUUUGCUCUCCUAAAAUUUUACAUUUUCUUGCUUAAACAUUGUGAAUGUAUCUUGAUGGAAACCUACUAUUUCUAUGAUGUAAUAAAUAUUUCUUUUCCUUUCUCUCUGCAAAA